GCCGCGGGACCUGCAGCCGGGAGCUUGCGGCACGCGCCGGCCGGCUGCCCCGAGCACAGUCACCCGCGCCGCUGCACCUGGACCCCUGCCCCGCGGAGCCGUGCGCGCCUCUCCUGUCUACCUCAUUUGCAUGCAUCAUUUUGCAUGCAUCCUUUUUCUAUUCCGUUUUGUCCUUUUUAAGGCGGGGGCGGCGGCAGCGUAAGCUCGGGGCGGGGAGGUGGCGGCCGGAGGAUGCGGCGCGCGGCUGCGCUAGCUACGCCCGCAGCUGCUGCCCGGCUCGGGCCUGAGCGCCGAGCAGGAUCCCAAGUGAUGGUAGUUUACGCAGAGGGCGAGCUGAGCGCUGCGCAACUGGUUAGCACCACGGAGCUCGGAGUGGUGCCUGCUGGCUGGCGGGCGUGAACCACGGGAUCUCAGCAUCUCCACCUGAGGAGAAGCAUGUCUAAGAAAGGCCGGAGCAAGGGCGAGAAGCCUGAGAUGGAGGCAGACGCGGUGCAGAUGGCCAACGAAGAGCUGCGGGCCAAGUUGACCAGCAUUCAGAUUGAGUUCCAGCAGGAAAAGAGCAAGGUGGGCAAGCUGCGCGAGCGGCUGCAGGAGGCCAAGCUGGAGCGCGAGCAGGAGCAGCGGCGGCACACGGCCUACAUCUCGGAGCUCAGAGCCAAGCUGCACGAGGAGAAGACCAAGGAGCUGCAGGCGCUGCGCGAGGUGCUCAUCCGGCAGCAUGAGCAGGAGACGGCGCGCACUGCCAAGAUCAAGGAUGGCGAGCUGCAGAGGCUGCAGGCCAUGCUGAACGUCCUGCGCGACGGCGCGGCCGAUAAGGUCAAGACCGCACUGCUGGCCGAUGCGCGCGAGGAGGCGCGCAGGACCUUCGACGGCGAGCGUCUCCGGCUGCAGCAGGAGAUCCUGGAGCUCAAGGCGGCGCGCAAGCAGGCGGAGGAGGCGCUCAGCAACUGCAUGCAAGCCGACAAGGCCAAGGCGGCCGACCUGCGCGCCGCCUACCAGGCGCACCAGGACGAGGUGCACCGCAUCAAGCGCGAGUGCGAGCGUGACAUCCGCAGGCUGAUGGAUGAGAUCAAAGGGAAAGACCGUGUGAUCCUGGCCUUGGAGAAGGAACUUGGCGCACAGACUGGGCAGACCCAGAAGCUGCUUCUGCAGAAGGAGGCCUUGGAUGAGCAGCUGGUUCAGGCCAAAGAGGCUGAGCGGCACCACAGUAGCCCAAAGAGGGAGCUCCCGCCUGGCACAGGGGAUAUGACAGAGCUCAUGGGCAUCCAGGAUCAACAUAUGGAUGAGCGAGAUGUGCGGCGAUUUCAACUAAAAAUUGCUGAACUCAAUUCAGUGAUACGGAAGCUGGAAGACAGAAACACCCUCUUGGCAGAUGAGAGGAAUGAACUGCUCAAACGCUCCCGUGAGACUGAGAUCCAGCUGAAGCCCCUUGUGGAGAAGAACAAGCGGAUGAACAAGAAGAAUGAGGAUUUGCUGCACAGUAUCCAGAGGAUGGAGGAGAAAAUCAAGAACCUCACGAGGGAAAACGUGGAGAUGAAAGAGAAACUGUCUGCACAGGCCUCCCUGAAGCGCCACACUUCCUUGAAUGACCUCAGCCUGACGAGGGACGAGCAGGAGAUCGAGUUCCUGCGGCUGCAGGUGCUGGAGCAACAGCACGUCAUUGAGGACCUUUCACUGGAGAGAGAACGGCUCUUGCGCUCCAAAAGACAUCGUGGGAAAAACCUGAAGCCCCCCAAGAAGCAUGUUGUGGAGACAUUUUUUGGAUUUGAUGAGGAGUCUGUGGACUCAGAAACAUUGUCAGAAACAUCCUGCAACACAGACAGGACGGACAGGGCCCCAGCCACGCCUGAAGAAGACCUGGACGAUACGACGAGCAGAGAGGAGGCGGACCUGAGGUUCUGCCAGCUGACCCGGGAGUACCAGGCCCUGCAGCGGGCCUACGCGCUGCUCCAGGAGCAGGUCGGGGGGACGCUGGAUGCUGAGAGGGAGGCCCGGACUCGGGAACAGCUGCAAGCUGAUCUGCUGAGGUGUCAGGCCAAAAUUGAAGAUCUGGAGAAGUUACUGGCUGAGAAGGGACAGGAUUCCAAAUGGGUUGAAGAGAAGCAGCUGCUCAUCAGAACAAACCAAGACUUGCUAGAAAAGAUUUAUAGGCUGGAAAUGGAAGAGAACCAGCUGAAGAACGAAAUGCAAGACGCCAAGGAUCAGAACGAGCUGUUAGAAUUCAGAGUGCUAGAACUCGAAGAGAGAGAGCGAAGGUCGCCAGCAUUUAACCUCCAAAUCAGCACCUUCCCUGAGAACAACAGCAGCGCUCUCCAGCUGUUCUGUCACCAGGAAGGAGUUAAGGAUGUGAAUAUUUCUGAACUUAUGAAGAAAUUAGAUAUCCUUGGCGAUAAUGGGAAUUUGAGAAAUGAAGAACAGGUUGCAAUAAUCCAAGCUGGAACUGUGCUUGCCCUGUGCGAAAAGUGGCUGAAGCAAAUAGAGGGAACCGAGGCAGCCCUGACGCAGAAGAUGCUGGAUCUUGAGAAGGAAAAGGACCUGUUCAGCAGGCAGAAGGGUUACCUGGAGGAGGAGCUGGACUACAGGAAGCAAGCCCUCGACCAGGCUUACCUGAAAAUCCAGGAGCUCGAGGCCACACUGUACAAUGCGCUGCAGCAGGAGCCGGGGCGCAGGGCCAGCGAGGCGCUGAGCGAGGGCCAGCGGGAGGCCCUGCAGGCCGCCGUGGAGAAGGUGCGCAGGCAGAUCCUGAGGCAGAGCCGGGAGUUCGACAGCCAGAUCCUGCGGGAGCGCAUGGAGCUGCUGCAGCAGGCCCAGCAGAGAAUCCGGGAACUGGAGGAUAAGCUGGAGGCCCAGAAGCGCCACCUGAAAGAACUGGAGGAGAAGCAUUCAUUCUGUGGCCUUGACGACUUCAGCGAGCCAAGAACUCGGGAUAGGAAAAGAGUUUAUGGAAUAAACUGAGUCCCUACAGCAACCCCAACCCCAUUCAAACCAAGAUUCAGCAGCAAAGCAAGCUAUUCCAAGCCCAGAGACUGAAAUCAGAAUUCACGUGUACUUGGUGACAGCCUGAACGGGAGGCCUUGUGGACCUGUGGCUGGGCCCUGGCUCGGAGGGGCUGAAGGAGUUCCACAGGGACCAUGGGGAUUUUGUCAAGCUCGGGGCCACAUCUGAGUCCCCACUGUGGCACCUUCGAGAGCCCAAGGGGCAGAGACCCGAACAGCAGGAAACUAAGUGCCAUUACGGGAACCUGAGUCACCAGAGAGCCACCGCACUGUCUGGGGCCCGGCCGGAGUCCUUGGCCCUCCUCUGCCUGCCCUCCCGGGCCACGGUGGCACACCUGGCUGAACACAGACCCGUGUACUCGUGUCUCCAGAACUGUGCUCUGUGCAUCUGGGAUCUGUCGGCCAGAGUGACUUACAAAUGUCCUUAUGAUCUGAACCCAAAGUCAAGCCCCAGCCAGCAAAGCCUUCCAGAUCCACGUGCAGCUGGACUCAGCAUCUGGCAGCCAGCAGGAGAGAGCAGGACGCUGACGCGGGGCUGGAGCCCUGCCCACUGCAGAGGAGACCCUGGGGGCCACAGAUUUCUAAGGCGGAAGCCACAGGAUCCAUCCCUUUCACAGGCAUGACGCGGUGCAAGUCCCAGAGCAUGACUGUCCCUGGGGCCGUGCGGAAAGAGGACUGAGAGGCGGACACAGCCCUUACUAGACCAUGCUUGGGCUGUCUUACAUCUUGGUUGUGGUUUGCAGGAGGCUGUCCAGGAAGAAAUGGUGGCCACUGAAGUGCCCUUGGAGCGCGCGCGGGAACAAGGCCCCUUUCAAAGCGUCUGAGACCAGGUCUGCUCUCUUACAGUCAUGGACAAGGAAGGAGCCCUUCCUGAUCUGGGGAGACUGGUCCCUGAGCCAAGCCUCCCAGGAGAGGGGGUGCGGCAGCCAGAGGGCAGGGCGCCAGUCGGUCAGACUCAAGCCCCGGAGGGAAUCCUGGAGAAAGGAAGUUACUU